AUGGCCCUGCUUCCCUCUCAUAGCCUCACCUAUGGGAAGCUGCCCUGCCCUGGCAUCCCGACAGCUCCUGGCAGCCUCCGGGGUGAGAAGUUGUGGGUAAGCUCUGCAGACCCUCUACCACGCAUGCUGACCGGGGCCUGCUCUCCUCCGGACAGGGCGGCUGGCGGUCCUUUCCGGUUCCAGAGGGUGGGAAACGGUGCAGCUUCCUGGGACGAGGGGCGAGGGCAGCUGGGUGCCCAGGCUUGGGUCGCAGGACUGCAGAGCCAGGUGCCACACAGCGAGCCCGGCAAUGGGGAUGCCUCCCAAAAGCCCCUACUGGGGCUGGACGUCGUGAUCCAGGCAGUCACGGAUGCAAGCAGGCACACCUGUACACACACACCGGCAGCCUGCAGCCAGGAGAGAAAGCCUGGGAGAGAGAGCUCUGGGCCGCUGCUGGCUAUGGACAUUCAGGUGGCCAGCGUCCCUGGCAGCCACAGGCUUGCAGGCUGCACACCGCAUCUGGAGGCUACACAGGCCCCAGUGAGGUCAGCUCUGCCCGCCCUCCCGACACCUGUUAUUUUCGCUGUAGUGAUUGAGAUCUUGAUGCCAUUACCCCAGAGUGAGCAGGCAGCAGGCGGGCGCCACAUGCCCAGAUCAGCUGUCCAGAUGGGUGGCAGAACCGAAGCCUGCGUGGGCACCAGGGACACAGGGACAAAAAGGAAAGACAGUGUCCUUGCCCUCCUCGAGUUCCUUGUUCUGAGUCAUUUUGCUGUUACUGGUUCGGACCUCAGGCAGCUCCCGCUGAGCUCUUAGUCUUCUGAGCAGUGCACUGCACGGAGCCUGUCUGUGUGGCUUUGACGAGGGUUUGGGGAUUUCCCUCCGGGGCUUCUGACCCCUGACAGCAUCUCCAAGGUCAUGCCUCAGGUACAGGGAUGAGAAUCAGUGCAAGAGUGUGGCCUCCAGAUAAAAAGACUUGGGUUGUUCGGUGCAGGCCUAGAGUCCCUGCACCCUCCCUGCAGGUAGAAGCCUUUUGUAGGCAGCACAGGCUGGCAGAGACUGGAGGACACCAUACUGAGUCCCACGGCCAGCAGGGAAGACCGGGCACUGACCGUGCGUGGGGAAGGCCGGCGGGCCUCACCCACCCCCGUGCCCGCCCACAUCCGUGAGAUCGUGGCCAGCAGCCUGAGUGAGGAGCCACCCCAAGGUGACAGCAUGGGGGACAGUCCUGGGCCCGGGGCUGCAGGGGUACAGGAGCCGACAGCCACCACGGCCCGCGUGCAAGAGGAGAACGAGCUCCUGCAGGAGGAGCUGACCCGGCUGGGGGACCUGCUGGCCCAGGCCAGCGCCGAGCGAGAUGAACUGGCCAGCAGGUGCCGUGUGGUCAGUGAGCAGCUGCAGGCCCGGUUGGAGACCACUGAGGCUCAGCUGCGGAGGUCGGAGCUGGAGCACAGCGUGGAUCUGGAGGAGGCCCUUGGCCGUCUGGAGGUUGCUGAGGAGAGGUGUUCCCAACAGCCCUCCAGCAAAGGGGGCCUGGACGCCCAGCCCCUGCACGCUACGGGCACCAUGGGCAAGGAUUUCCCCAGGAAGAGGGGCCCCCCGGAAGAUGUGCUGUUCCAGACCCGGCCAGGGGGCCUGGGGAAGCCCCGGGACCUCCUUCUCCUGUGGAGACAGGCCGUGGUGCUGGGGACAGACCUGGCGGAGCUGCGAGCAGCCACUGAGAGGGGCCUCGCUGACCUGCAGGCAGACACGGCCAAGACAGCCCGCCGCCUGCACACUGCCUGCCUGAACCUCGACUCCAACCUGCGACUGUCGGCCAGCAGCACGGCCAGCACCCUGGGGCAGCAGCUUCGGGACAAGGUUGGGGAGAUGCUGCAGCUGCAGGUCCGCUGGGACACAGAGAAGGUGGCGCUCCAGGCCAGACUCUCGGAGCAAAUGCUGCUGGUGGAGAAGCUCACAGAGCAGAAUGAGCAGAAGGCGAGGACCAUCGCUGCCCUCAGAACCGACCUGCAGAACCUGGUUGGUGGGCGGGACGGGAGUGGCUGUGUGGUAGGGGUGGCCCAGGAGGACGCCCAGUGCCUGGAGCUGUCGUGGAGCAGCAUCGCUGAACUGGGGGAGCCACGGCACCCAUUGAGGAGCCCCCAACGUGCCACAUCCCCCCAUCAAGGGGCGUCCCCACCACAUACCCACUCCCCGGCCACCCUGGACCCUGUACUGCAGGCCGUGCGGGCAGCCAUCGAGAGGCGGCGGCGGCAGGAACAGGGAGGGGCUCCAGUGUGUAGGGGGGUCCUUUUGGGGAGUCUCAAGCCCUAGUGGGCCUCAGUGGGCAAAGCUUGCCUCGGUCAGAGGGACCCACACCGCGUCCCACCCGAGCAGGAGCUGUGCCUGCAGCUGGAGUCCUCCCAGGCAGUGACAGCCGGGCUCCGGGAGCAGCUGUCCGAGUGCCAGCAGGAGCUGUGGGCUGCACAGAAGCUCCAGCAGGAGCGGGCUCGGGAGCAGGCACGGGAACGAGAGGCCCUUCGGGGCCAGCUGGAGGCCCAGAGGCUUGAGGUGCAGCAGUGCCGGGCGUCCUGCAAGCUCCUGGGGAGGGAGAAGGCUGCUCUGGAGAUGGUGGUGGAGGAGCUGAAAGGGAAGGCAGACGCUGCGGAUGCGGAGAAGCAGGGGCUGGAGGCCGAGGCCACGGAGCUACAGAGAAGCCUCCUGCUGCAGGCAGAGCGGAGGGAGGAGCUGGCUCUGCAGAGGGAGCGGAGCUGCAGGGCACUGGAGACCAGUCAAGGCCGCCUGCAGCAGCUGGAGAAGAAGGUCUCUGGGCUCAGAGAGGAGCUGGCAUCAGCCCGGGAGGCACUGAGCACAGCACAGCUGCAGCGGGAUGUCGUGGAGAGCGAGAGGGAGGGCUUGCGCAGCGCCCUGGCGCGGGCCGAGUGCAGCAAUGCGGACCUGGAGCUUCUUGUGAGGCGGCUGAAGUCAGAGGGAGUGGAGCAGAGGGACUCACUGGCUGCAAUGGCCGCCUUGAUGGAGGCGCUGGCUCAGGACAAAAGUGACCUGAACCACUUGACCCUCCAGCUGGAGCAGGAGCGGGACCAGCUGCGGGAGCAGCAGAAGACUCUGGAACAGGAGCAGGUCCGGGCCAGGGAGCAGCUGGCCCAGGCGGAACAGCAGCUGGUGCUAGAGCGGGCAGAGUGCAGGGGCCUGCAGCAGGCCUGUGGGCACCUGGAGCAGCAGCAGGAGCAACUAGAGGGGCAGGCAGCCCUGCUGGGGCGAGAGAAGGCCCAGCUCCAGGACCAGGUGGGCCAGGUCACAUGCCAGAAACAGGCCCUGGAGGAGCAGCUGGCUCAGAGCCUGCAGGACCAGGAGGCCCAGAUGGACACUCUGCAGCAGGCCCUGCAAGACAAGGAUGCUCUGUCUGAGGAGCGGGCCCAGCUGCUGGCCAAGCAGGAGGCCUUGGAGAGGCAGGGCCGGCUUGCAGCUGAAGAGGCAGCUGAUCUCAGGGCGGAGAGGGACUCCCUGGAGAGCAGCCUCCUCGAGGCCCAACAGCUGGCCAUGAAGCUGCAGGAGCAGCUGGAGGAGGAGGCCCGGAGCACAGGACUCGCUCGGCAAGCCUUGCAAGUGGAAAUGGAGCAGCUACAAAGUGACUGGGAGGUCCAGGAGAUGAAGCUGCGGCAGGACGUGGGGCGGCUCCAGCGACAGGUGGCACAGCAGGAGCGGGAGGCACAGCGGGCCCUGGAGAGCCAGGCGUCAGCUCACCGCGAGGCCCUGGCACAGCUCCAGAGGGAGAAGGAGACCCUGAGCCUGUCCCUGGCAGAGGAGAAGGAGGCAGCCAGAUGCCAGCUGGAGCAGGAGAAGGAGCUGGUGACAAAAAGUGCCGCUGAGAGGGAGGCUCUGAAAGGGGAAAUUCAGAGCCUGAAGCAGGAGCGGGACGAGAGCCUUCUCCAACUGGAGCACAGGAUGCAACAGGUGAUGCUUUGUUCUCCUGUUUCUGGGCUGCGUGCUGAGCUGCCAGGACUGGGUCUUCCUGUGGCUGCUGUUCUUCCUCCCAUGGACAUCUGGGUUGCCUCUAGCUUUGUUGCCAUUACAGCAAUGUCACAGACGUUAGUGACACCGCGCAGAGGUCAUUCCACACAGGCCCUGUCCCUGAAAGAAGCAGAGCGGAGCCUUCUGAGCGAGGAGCUCUCCAGGGCCAGGAGGGUGCUGGAGCGGGUACAGCAGGAGGCACAGAGCCAGCAGGAGCAAGCGCAGGCCACCAUCAGCUCCACAACCGAGGAGCUGAAGGCCCUCCAGGCCCAGUUUGAGGAUGCCAUCACGGCCCAUCAGAGGGAGACCACGGCCCUACGCGACAGCCUCUGGGACCUAGCGGCCGAGCGGGGCGAUGUGGAGAGAGAGGCUGAAAGGCUGCGGGCACAGCUGACUAUGGCCCAGGAGGGACUGGCCGCGCUGCGCCAGGAGCUGCAGAGCAUCGAGGAGAGCCGGGAGGGGCUGCGCAGGGAGGCCCAGGAGGCCCGCCAGGCACUGAGCGACGAGGCCCGCGAGAAGGACGUACUGUUGCUUUUCAACAGCGAGCUGCGAGCCACCAUCUGCAGGGCGGAGCAGGAGAAGGCCAGUUUUAAGCGGUCCAAGGAGGAGAAGGAGCAGAAGCUGCUCGUCCUGGAGGAGGCCCGGGCGGCGUUGCAGCAGGAGGCCAGUGCACUGCGGGCCCGCCUGCGGGAGCUGGAGCAGGAGCGGGGGGACGCCCGUCAGGAGCUCCAGGAGCUCCACAGACAGGUGAGGACGCUAAAGGCUGAGAACCAGAGGAGGAGUGGAGAGGCCCAUGAGCUGCAGGUGCAAUGCUCGCAGGAGGUGCUGGAGCUGCGGAGGCAGGCAGCCAAGGCGGAGGCCAAGCGCGAGGGUGCCCGGAAGGAGGUCCUGGGGCUGCAGAGGAAGUUGGCAGAGGUGGAGGCCGCAGGGGAGGCCCAUGGACAGCGGCUCCAGGAGCACCUCCAGGAGAGCCGGGGGGCUGAGCAGACCCUCCGAGCAGAGCUGCAUCGUGUCACCAGGAAGCUGCAGGAAGCCGGCGGUGUGGCUGAUGCUCUCCAGGCUCGCCUGGACCAGGCCUGUCACCGAAUCCACAGCCUGGAGCAGGAGCUGGCCCAGGCUGAGGGUGCGAGGCGGGACGCGGAGGCCCAGCUGGGCCGGCUGUGCUCCACACUCCGCCGUGGCCUGGGGCUCUGAAGACAGAGCCCGUGGGUCUCCCCGGAGCAGCCUGGUUCCCCCACCAAAGGCUCCGACGGCUCCCAGGCUCUCCCUGGGCACCAGGGUGCCAGCCCCCCAGCUAGGCCCCACUCGCCCCUCCGAUGGCCCUCGCCCACACCCGGAGGCCGCAGCUCAGAGCUUGUGGAUGUGGCCACUGUGCAGGACGUCCUGCGGGACUUUGUGCAGAAGCUCCGGGAAGCCCAGCGGGAGCGGGAUGACUCCCGUGUCCAGAUGGCCACCCUGAGCAGCCGGCUGAGCGAGGCAGAGUGCAGGUGUGCCCGGGCCCAGAGCCGUGUGGGGCAGCUACAGAAAGCCCUGGCUGAGGCGGAAGAAGGCCGGCGCCGGGUGGAGGGUGCUCUGAGCAGCGCCCGGGCAGCGCAUGCCCUGCAGAAGGAGGAGCUCCGCAGGCUGGAGACGGAGCACCUGGCGAGCGUGCGUGCAGCAGGCCAGGAGAAGCGGCGGCUGCAGGAGCAACUGGACAUGCUGCACCAGGCCCUUGAUGAGAGCAGGAGGCACAAUCAAGGCCUAGCCAAGAAGGGGAAGCUGCUGGAGGAGCAGCUCACCAACUUGGAGCACAGGUGCCAGGAGGCUGAGGGAUCACUGGAGCCCCUGCGACAGGUGCUCUGGCGGCCACAGCAGCUCAGCAGGGGGCAGGAGGCGGCCGAGGCGCAGGCAGAGAGGCGCGUCCUGCAGGAGCAGAUGGCGGCACUGCGCACCCAGCGGUCGCGUCUGCAGGGGGAGCUCGCGGCGCUGCGCGCUCAGCUUGCACAGUGUCUGAGCCCAGCUUUGCAGGAAACCGAGUGACCUGACACACCGCGCACCCCAGAGCCCCAGAGGUCCCUGCUUAUGGUGGAGAUCGCCCCUCCCCUGGGGUGUGCUACUCUCCUGCCACCCUUGCCCACACAGCCACAGAGUGGCCACCGAGGUCAGGGAGAGCCGUUCUGCCUCCUGGGCUCUCUGCAGACGGCGCAAGAGACACUGAAGAGGGAGGAGGAUGUGGUGAGGCUGGGGGCUGAGAAGGAGCAGCUGGACCAGUCUCUGAACAGCCUGCACAAGGAGGUGGAUGGAGUCCGGAGGCAAAAAUCAUCAUUCUCACUCCAGGCCCAGAUGGUGGAGAUGGAGCAGGCCCACACCCAGCAGCUCCAGGACCUGGCGGCCCAGCACCAGCGGGACCUGGCCACAGAGGCAGAGCGUCUGCACGGGGACCAGUCACAGGCCACACAGGCCCUGGAGUCCCAAGAAUGGACCCACCAGCAGCGGGUGAAGAUGCUGGAAGAGCAGGUGGCCGGCCUGAAGGAGCAAUUGGACCAGGAAAUGCAGCGGUGGCAACAGGCCCACCUCGACCAGGCCUUCCAGACAGGACACUCUGUAAACACGGGAAAACACGUGGAAAACAUUUCCACCAACUGGAGCCAAAAACAUAAUGUCCUGUAAGGCCAGCCACCACAUCCCCACGCCCAGCGGCUGCGAGCCUCCGCAUCCAGGAACUGCGGCCGUCACGGUGGCAGGUGGCUGGAAGUGACUCAGAUUCAAGUCCCCGUGACUCACUGGCCGCCAGAAGCAGGGGAGUGUAACACUUAA